AACUUCAGUCUUCAAUGCGCAUCUUACGGAAAAAUGGUAAAUAAAAAUAAAAAAUGUUUCGAAUUUUAAUUUUAUUUCAUUUAACCGCGUUUUUCUCUCGCUCAAUCAUCUAAGUUUUAUACUGACGAGUGGCGUAUUUUCUGUCUUGUUGUUUAGUCGUUUAACAAGUAUCUGUGUGUAAUCAAUUAUGAGCUAUCGGUAUCUGACCUAACUCAUGAGAUUAAUUGACAAUGGGUGCGGAUGAGGUUUCUAUAACUCUACCAACUGUCGAUAAAAAGGCAACUAUUGUAAAAUGGCGCGUCAAAGAGGGUACUCUUGUCAACAGUACUGCAGUUGUUCUAUUGUAUCAAGAAAACGGAGAAAAAGACCGAAAAAGUUUUCGCACAAAUCAUACAGGGGUUGUCAAGAAAAUAUUAGUGCACGAAGGUCAAGAUGUUUCAGCUGGAGAGCCAAUAUUUGUGUUGGAGUUGGGGUGUAAUCAUAGUACCGUGGUUAGUGAUUUAUGUGCUGAUUGUGGAGCUGACUUAAGAACUGAUAAUGCAUCUAAGCCGACUGCAUCUGUAUCUAUGAUACACAGUGUACCUGAUUUGAAAGUUAGCGAACAGAGCGCGUUGCUGCUAGGUAAAGCUGAUGAAAAACGCCUUUUAUCUGACAGAAAACUUGUACUUCUAGUUGAUUUAGAUCAAACACUUAUUCAUACGACUAAUGAUAACAUUCCAAAUAAUAUAAAAGAUAUACAUCAUUUUCAACUGUAUGGACCUAAUUCGCCAUGGUAUCAUACGAGAUUAAGGCCGGGUACUUAUAAAUUUUUAUCUUCUAUAAGCGAGUUGUAUGAACUUCAUAUAUGUACUUUUGGUGCCCGAAAUUAUGCCCAUACGAUAACACAUAUAUUGGAUCCUGAAGGAAAAUUGUUUUCCCACCGAGUACUGUCACGUGAUGAGUGUUUCAACCCAAAUAGUAAAACUGGUAAUCUGAAGGGAUUAUUUCCAUGUGGUGAUAAUAUGGUAUGCAUUAUUGAUGAUCGAGAAGAUGUUUGGGAGUAUGCAUUAAAUUUGAUACAUGUAAAGCCGUAUCAUUUUUUCCAACAUACUGGAGAUAUAAAUGCUCCACCAAACAUUCAGAAAUCAUGUGAUACUACUAAACAGUCUAAUCGAAUAGAUUUUACUCAUUUAGUUCAAGGUAUAACUGUAAAAAAACCCACAAAAAAAAGAGAUGACAGCCCAGUUGAAGAUGGAGAAGUUUUAUCAGACGACGAUUCCCAUAAUCCAUCUGAAAAUUCUAAAAAAACCAUUGAAAAUACUACCAAAGGUGAUACUAAUGAACAAGUUGAAGUAGAGGAAGAAGACGAUUACUUGCUAUACCUAGAAGAUAUUUUAAAAAACUUGCAUAAAAAUUACUUUAAAGAAUAUGAUAAACAGUGUAAAUUACAAGGGACUAAUGUUGAAGUUCCUGACAUGAAACAAAUUAUACCAUUGUACCGAUCAACAAUUUUAGCUGGGAAAAAAUUGGUAUUUAGUGGUUUAGUGCCAACACCUGCGCCUUUGCCAGAAAGCCGAGCUUAUAAAGUGGCACAAUCACUAGGUGCUGAAGUUACCGAAAAUUUAGAGUCAGAUACAACUCAUCUAGUAGCUGUUCGACCAGGUACACUCAAAGCAAAUGCGGCUCGAAAACGACCAGAAAUUAAAACCGUGACACCUGAAUGGUUGUGGCUUUGUGCGGAACGUUGGGAGCACGUCGAUGAAGGAUUGUUUCCACUACGAUCAGAAGGGUAUGGUGGGUUAACUAGUCGCGAUCCUCCAGCUCACUGUAGUAGUCCUGAACAUUCUCCACAUUCUCCAAGAUCGUCCACUAAUAAUCAACAAACUAAUGCCGAAGAACAGGGGAAAUUUUCUGAUACCCUUAACCCACUUUUAUCAUUUUCCGAUGAAGAUAUAAAAAGAAUGGCUGGAGAAGUGGAAGACAUGACUGAUGAUGACGAGAGCAGCGAUGAAGAAAAUAACGAAAUUAAAGAAAAAGAGUAUAAAAAAGUCAGUGAAAGUGAUUCUAGUUCAGUGGAGUCUCUUGAAGGUUAUAAUAGAGGGCAUAAAAGACGGCGUAGUUCAACAGAUAAUGAAGAAAAUAAUGGGGAAACAAUAAAUGAAAAGUUUCGCCGUGGUAAAAAUUUAGACAAUAUGAAUUUAGAAUGGGGCAAUAAUAGUGAAAACAGUAUGGAUCCUCCUGACGAGAUAAAUGAUACCGAGUGGAAUAUGUUGGGUGCAGCUUUAGAGAAGGAAUUCUUGGAGAAUUCAUAACAUGAAUUUUAUCUCAUUAUUGUAUUUACAAUGUUAUCUCUAUUUUUUUUAAUAACACAUAUGUGUGUACUUUACUUGUUUUACCUACACCAUGAAGAAUUUCUCUGAUGAAUCAUGUCGUAAUAAUUUCAUUUUUUUUUUUGUUGUAGUAUCUACUGAUUACUAUUUAGUGUGAAUAUGUUUCUAUGUAAAUAAAUCGUUGUAGUCAUUUCUUUUUGUAAAAUUUCUGAAUGUUCAAAGUUAAAAAAGCAAUUUUUCAAGUUUUAACACUAAUAUAAUAUAUAUA